UGAUAUUAGAAUAAAACAUUUGAAAGAUAUGCUGGACAAUAAGAAGAUUGAGAUACCAAACGCAAAUGAACUAGAACUAAACACUCAGUUAAAAGAAAGAGAUGACCAGUUAUCUGAAUUGAGUAUCCAGCUUCAACAUACUUUAGAACAAAUGCAGGAAACGGAGACCGCUUUUGAUGCAAGAGUCACUUCACAACGAAAGAAAAUUCAACAUCUUGAAAGUGAGUUGGAUCAAUGUAUUCUAACAAUUAACUGUAAAACGGUACAAAUGACGGAAAUGAGUAAAGUAAAUAAACAUUUAGAAAAGAAUGUAAAGGAAAAUGAUGGAAUAAUACGUAAACAAGGUGAUCAACUGAAUUGCACUUUGAAUAGACUGCAAGAAAAAGAAACUGAAUUUGUUGGAACAAAUAUCUCAUUAAAGAAGAAAGAACAGGAGCUUGAGCGUCUUGAUCAGAAAGUAAAAGAUCUGGAGGAAACGUUAGCAAAGAUGAGGACGGAAAUUAAUGGUGGAAAUGAACAUCUCCUAAAUCAGGUGAAGGAAAAGGAUAAACAACUAUCUGAUCUGAGUGAUCAGCUGCACGAAGCUUUCGAACAAUUACAUGAAAACGAUAUUAAACAGGGUGAAACUAUAACCUCACUAAAGCAAGAAAACGUGCAUCUUGUGGCGCGAGUUAAUAGUAGUGAAAUGCAAGUGUACACUCUAGAGAAAAUGUUAGACAACACAAUUUCCGAAAUAACUGAUAUAAAUGAACGAUCUGCAAACAACGCUGCAAAUGAAAAUGAUGAUCAGAUAUCUGACAUGAAAGUUCAGCUGGACCUUACUUUAAAAUCAAUGCAUGACAAAGAGUCUGACUUGAAUGGCCUUAUCACAACACUGAAGAAAAAAUCUCGGGAAAAGGAUGAUCAGAUGCUUGAAUUAAGUGUUCAGUUAACACGAACUUUGAACCAAUUGCAUGACAAAGAAACUGAAAUGAGACAAAAUGACAUUGUGCUGCAGAAAAAGCAAAAAUAUAUUGAGGAAGAGGUAGAUGAUAAUAAGUGGAAAAUUAAACAUCUGGAAGAACUAUUAAACAGAAAAGAAAAUGAGAUGACGCAAAUAAUUCACAAAAAUAAACUUUUAGAAAAAAAGCUAAUGGAAAACUACAAAAGUAUCUCUGAACGGGAUCAAACUUUGAAGAAUCUUGAUCUGACAGUGAAAGAGCUUGAGAAAAUUAUUAAUAAUCGUGAUCUAACAGUGAAAGAUCUUGAGGAAAAGUUACAAAAAAUGAGAACUGAAAUCAGAGAUGGAAGUGAUAGCCUUGUAAUUGAGGUGAAGGAUAAAGAUCAGCAGUUGUCUAAGCAGGCAGCUAGACUGCAACAAAUCUUAAAUCAGUUACACGAAAAAGAGUCCGAAUUAGGUGGAACUAUUUCUUUACUAAAGAGACAAAUACAAGGAAAGGAUGACCACAUAUCUGAACUGAAACAAGCUUUGAAACUGUUAGGUGACAGAGAAUUUGAAAUGAAAGAAAUCGACACUUCGCUGAGGACGAAACUUGAUUAUCUCGAGAAGGAAUUGGAACGCCGUGAGCGGGAGGUAGAAAAACAUUUAGAGGACAUUUUAAACAGUAAAACGGCAGAAAUUACUAAAAUGAGUGCUCAAAAUGAAUAUCUAGAAAACAAGGUGAAAGAAAAAGACGAACUGAUUGAUCAGCGGGAUCGCGUCUUGAAGAAACAGCAAGAAGCAAAGACUGAGUUGUGUGGAAUUAUAACUUCACUACAGAAGAAGAAUGAGGAUCUUGGAACAGACAUUAACGAUCGUGAUUUGACAGUAAAAGAUCUUGAAAAAAGGUUAGAAAGAAUGAGGAUGGAAAUUAGUGGUGGAAAUGAACGUCUUAUACUGGCGAUGACGGAAAAAGAUAAGCAGAUAUCUAAACAGGCGGCUAAACUGCAACAUGCCUUAAAUAAAUUGCACGAAACAGAGGCCGAAUUAGGCGGAAUUAUUACUUCACUAAAGAAACAAAUUCAGGGAAAAGAUGACCAGAUAUCUAAACUUGGAGAUCAGUUGAAACAAACUUUGAAACUGUUAGAUGACAAAGAAUCUGAAGUGAAAGAAAUUGACGCUACUCUGAGAAAGAAAAUUGAAUAUCUGUUGGAACGCCGUGAGCGGAAGGCAGAAACACAUUUACAGGAAAUGUUAAACAGAAAAACGGCAGAAAUUACUAAAAUGAGAGCAGAAACUGAUCUUCUAGAAAUAAAAUUGAAGGAAAACGACAAACAGAGUGAUCAGCGGGAUCGAAUUUUGAGGAGACUGCAAAAAGCGGAGACUGAAUCGAGUAGAAUUAUAAAUUCACUGCAGGAAAAGAACUACGGUCUUGAUACGGAUAUCAAGGGUCGUGAUAAGAAAGUUAAAGAUCUUGAAGAAAAAAAUGCAAAAAUGAAGACUGAAAGUAGAGUUGAAAAUGAACGGCUUAUAAUGGAGGUGAUGGGAAAAGAUAAGCAGAUAUCUGAACAGACGCUUCGUCUGGAACAAGCUUUAAGUCAGUUUCAUGUAAAAGAGACCAAAUUAGGUGAAACUAUCAUUUCACUAAGAACAGAAUGUCAGGCAAAAGACGGCCUUAUAUCUGAACUGAGAGAUCAGUUGAAACAAACUCUAGAAAAGCUGGAUGUAAGAGAUUCUGAAUUAAAAGAAAUUGAAACUUCCCUUCAGGAGAUGGAACGCCAGAAACGGAAAGCAGAAAUACAUUUAAAGGAAAUGCUUAAAAAUACAAACGUAGAAAAAUCUAAUGUGAGGGAAAGAAAUGAAACUCUAGAAAACAAGGUGAAGGAAAAAGAUAAACAGUUAAUCGAACAGAGAGAUCAAUUGCGACAGACUGUUAAACAAAUGAAUGAAACACAAGAUAAAUUAGAUGGAGUUAUUACUCCGCAAAAGAAGACAAUUCAGCAUCUUCAGAGAGAGGUUGAACGACGUGAUCUUAAGAUAAACGAUAUAGAGAAACUUUUACAUAGUAUAAAGACUGAAAGCAGAGGAAAUCAGCAGAGUGAAGCUGUAAUAGAAAAAGAAGUUAAGAUAGCAGAGCUGAAAGACCAGUUGCAAAAGACUUUGACAACAUUGCAAGAUACAGAGGCUGAACUAGACGAAACUAAAACAAGGCUCAGUAAAGCUAUGGGAGACAGACUGACUGAUAACAACCCAAAUAUUACGGACUUAAGCGACAAAAAUCGCCCUACAAAACUCGCUGAGAGAUGUGCUGAGCUGUAUGAUAAUCAGUGGACUGAUGCGUUUGACAUUCUUGACAAAUACUUCGAUACAGAAGAAAAUGUUAUAGGAGCCCUCUUAGAGAUUUUGCAGGAUACUAUGACUUUCUGCAUAAAAAGGGCACAUGAACAGAUGGAAGAAUUAGGACGUGAACUGAAAUUUGCAGACCAACAUGGAAAUGGAGAUGUAUCAGCAGAUGUGCGUAAACUCUUGAAAGAUUGCAGAAAGGCAGUAGCACCUGUUGCCGUUGGAAACCUAUAUACGAUGUAUGAGUCUCGUCUUAAACGGUCAACUGAUAAAACAUUAAGAACAGCUUUAGAAGUCAGCUCAUAUACAUCAGAAUGUCUUGAAAUCUGCUGGUUUAUGAUGAUCCAAGAUCCGCCCGUUGCGUUUGCUCCGUUGCUUAGAAAAGGUUCAAGCUUUAACACCGACUUGUACAAACCAUAUACCAGCAGUGGGACAAACAUUGACUAUGUAGUCUGGCCUCCUUUGCUUUUACACGAGAGUGGUCCAAUUCUGGCGAAAGGCGUAGCUCAAGGGUACGGCAAGAAAUCAAAAAAGAGUGCAGAGUGAAAUGAUAAUGUCACAACAGUUGAUAAAUAACAGUUCAGCACGUUACACAGUACGAUAGAGACAAGAACAUCAGACUGAUAUGUAGAUGUAACUACAUGCAAUAAUAGUAUGAUUUAUUAUGCCUGUUUUUGAUGAUGAUUAUUAUUAUUAAUAGUAUUAUUGUUGUAUCUACUUAAACUUUUAAUGUGUCACUUAGUUUAUAACCAGCAUGUUAUUUGUGUACACGACCACUAGAAUCUUCAAAGUUAUACAUCUUACUAGAAUCUAAGUGCGAUAUUCCUUUUGUUUUAAAAUUCUUAAACGCAUACAUAAACAGCCUCAACUCGGGACAAUUCAGUGUCUACCUGUUUAUCAUUUCAUUAGACUGCAACUCUCACGAACACUUUAUUUGAUUUUUCGACGGCGUUCUUUUUGCGGUCGCUUUAUGUUGUAGUUGCUUUUUGUAUGUCCUGUAAAGGUUCCCUUGAUCAUAACAGUAUCACUGUUGUGUGUUACACUUUUUCGUUUUUCUGAUCGCUUUCCCAUUAUAGACAAAUAAUGAAGUUACGGCGCAAAAUGAUAAUUUAGACUUCAGAGUGAUAUUAUUUAUUAUUUCGUUCGGAGUCUAAAUAGUUUUCCAACUGAAUGUAGUUAUUUCGUCAAUCACAUUCGAGAAGCUUCCAGUAGAAGCUAGAGGAGAUUGAUUAUCUUAGUCACAGUUAAUCGUGUCAGUUAAUUGUCACGUUUUUUUAAUCUCAAAGAGCUUUCUCGACAGUUUUUUUUCAACAGUAUCAAACUUCUGCCCUUCAGCCAAAGGAUUUUAAUACUUAUAUGUAAGGACUGGUGCUUUACAGGUUCAAAUUAUCUAAAAACUAUUCAAAAUAUUUUUACUUUGAUGACGUCUAUGGCAGACUGUUGGAAAAGUCAUUAUUAUUAUUAAGUAUUAUUAUCAUGUAUACCCUUUUAUAUUUUUGUAUAUCCAAUACAUUGCAUACUUUAUUGUUAUAUCAUCUAAUAUUCUGAGUGACAAAUGUUUUAGGCACAAUAUACCGUAUCAUAACGAUUUAAUUGCCCUGAAACUUCUAUUUCUGCUUCGUUAUAAUCACGGUUCAUUUUUAAUAGUUGUUACACGUCCAACUUCAUGUAAAGGGAGGUAAUUUGAAAUAUGAUAAGUUUGGUCUAAAUAUGGAUAUUCUCUCACAAUAGGAAUUUCCUGAUUUUGUUUCUUGGAUGUUACUAUAGUUACAAAGUAUUGUUUAGGAAUUCCACAUGUUAGUCAGAAAUGUCAUUAACACAUAAUAGCGGUUUCAUGGAAUAAAAAAUAAUACACAUAUUUUUAUUAGAAUAUAAAACACCGUAGCAUUUGGUCAGUAAUACCGAUAGUGUAUCUAUAGACCUAAUGAAAAUUUCGAUUUAGAAUUUGUAAAGCAAAGUUGUACAUAUCAACAGUGUGUAUAAAGAAACAUCUAUUGUUUAUCUGUGCUAUCUUCAAUACACAGACAAGGCAUAUUAGCUUUUUGUUUUAUAUUUCUUGGUAAUAUACACUGUUCUGUUCAAACAUUUUUAUUUUAGCAAGCUUUUAAUAAAGAUGUGAUUAUAUUAGUUUCUCAAAUAUUAGAUUACUUAAAGUAUUGAUUGGUUUUUUCCUAUGAAGAUGUUGCGAAUUACUGUAACAGUUGUGUGCUAAUGAUUUUGAAAUCGCCUUAUUUUUUAAAUAUAUUGAAGAAAAUUAAAAAAGACUCAUUCACACAAGGAAAAAAAUUAUUCCUUUAAUCUGUAUGCAAAUAUUUUUGUUAAUUUAUGAUUAUUUAUUACAUACAAUGUGUCAUCAAAUGUAUGCCAAAAGAAGUUGUAACAGUUUUAAUUAACAGAUCUCAAUUAAGUAAAGGGACACAACUAAGUUUUACAGUAUAAUCAUUGAUUUGUCAUUUGAUCAAGUUACCUGAAAUAGAAGAUAUUAAAUCUGUAAGAGUUUCUUUUGAAAGCAGUAGAUUUUUACAGUACUUUACGUUCAUCCCUGUUAGUAUGUGAGUUUAUGCAUGCUUAACUGAUUUUCGUCUAUAUGAAAAUUGCAAAUAUAAAUUACAAAUAUAUGCUUAAUUGCA